AUGAGCCACGACCAGUACGACGACGACGACUACCAGGACGGCGGUUACCCAAACCCCGAACAGGCCUAUGACGAGCCAAAUGGCUUUGACGACGGCUACGACGACCGCAAUCCCCACGACGCCGACGAGUACGACCAAAAUACCUACAGCAAUCGCGACUACGACGAUCCACCACAAGACGGCUACCCGGACGAGUCACCCGUGGACGACAUCGACAAUCCCGACCUCGAUGCCGACCUCAGCGGCGACCCCAGGCACGUCUCCCAGGUCUACCAGGACGAGGCAGGAGACAUCAUGGAUCACGACCCAAUCACCGAGUACCUAAAGAGCAAAGACCCCGACUGGGACCAACAGCCGCCCGAGACCAAGAAUCUUCUGGAUCUGCCCGAAGAUAUCCUCCGCCUGAUUGUUAAAGAGGCAAGUCACGCACUGGACCCGCUUAUCACUCAUACCAACGACCUGACCUCUCUUGCCCUGACCAACUCGACCCUCUACAAGCUCGCAAUUCCUCACAUCUACUCCAGGUUCGACAUAGUCUGGCCCGACGCUCAUACCACCACCACCGAGGCCAAGAGCGUCGAUGCCCUGACAUAUGGACUGUCGACACUGUGUCUGGGCAGCUCCUUUGCCCGCACUACCACCCGAUUCCGCAACUAUGGGGACCAAACCCCAGCACCCAUCAAGUUUGGAGACAACAACUAUGCCCAGCACACCCGCAAGUUCUCGCUUGGCAAUGGCCCCAACGACUGGGUCGCCGAGUACAUGAUCAACAAGGAGAGUGGCAAGAUGCUGGGGACCUUGGUGGCCUUGGCCGUCUCCAAGAUGAAGAGCCUCGAGACCUUCAUCUGGGACAUGCCCACGGGUGUCUUGUCCGACAUCUUCAUCGCACUCGGCUCACUUCCAGACGAGGAAACUCGCGAGUGCAUGCUGGAACGCGUCUGGAUCCGGUGGCACGACAACAACGACACUGGCGCGUCGCCGUCAUCCUCAUCAAGUCCGGCUCCAGCUGCGCCCCAAGCAGCCGUGGUGCCAGCGGGCAGCACCCUCACACCCAUUGGGAUUGCACUCCCCUCGACUGCCUCACACCCCGCCCCAAGCGCGCCGUUCACAUACUCGGAGAACCAGGUUGAAUACCCUACAUUCAGUGUCUUGCCGCCCCUCAAGAGCCUCACUGUGUUGGACGUUGAUGAGCUGGCCUACCUCGACGAGAUGGCCGUGCUGGUGGAGCGGUCCAAAGAUGUCCUUCAGGAACUCAGGCUAGGAGUCUCGUCCAAGGCUGUCCACAAGGACUUCGUGCAGACGUGGGACAGCCCAGAACUACAACAGGUAGACCACAACGCCCGGUGGCCCGGUGAGAGCUCCAUCGGCGAGAGGAGGCUUGGUGGGAUCCUGGGUGUACUUGUGGGACGGGUGUAUGACAUUCGCAGGAAGAUCCCGAAAACGAAGCCAGCUCCCCCUCUGCCCGUGCCUGAAAGCAGUCCCGGCCAGCAUACGCCGUUGACAGGAGAGUCCGGUGCGCCACCCUUGUCAGGAGAUGCUCCACCUCCGCCGUUCUCGGGCGAGCCCAGCCCUGCAGCUGGAACACCGUCGCUUGACACAGAGAUGGGCUCACGGCGGUCUUCUACCAUGAGGACACCAGGCGCUUCGGGUCCCGGCACUCCGGCGAGGAAAAGACUGGACGGCAAGCUCAAGUUGACCACUCUGGAGCUGGAGAGAGUUCCGCUCUCAAUGCAGGUCUGCAGCAAGGCAUUCGACUGGACCGUGCUGACCAGCUUGACAAUUCUCGACUGUGCCCAGCAUGAGAACCUGUGGAAACUGCUGAAGAAGCAAUUUGAGCCCAAACCGCAGGAGUCUGGGUACGGAAUCUCGCCCACUUCGAGCAAGCCGGUGCCCAACGGGCCGAUGGAGUACCAGCUGGGCCUGAAGACCAUCCACACAGAUCAGACGUCCCAGUCCCUCAUCGCCUUCAUCAAGGAAACCUUGGCUCCGAAUUCUCUAGAGUGUCUUUUCUUGCAAGACCGGAGGCGUGGCACCGCUGCCAGUGCCCCUCCACAAGUGACGAUCGAUUCCAUCUUCAAGGGGGCUAUCAAGCGGCAUCGGAACAGCUUGAAGAAGCUCCUCCUGGACAGUUCGAACAAGACUACGUCCUCGGGAGCGAAUUCUGCCGAGACUAUGAGGUGGCGGUCUUGGUGCCUCACAAGCGAUCUCCUGCAGUAUAUUACCAGUGGCCGGAUGAAGAAGCUGAAGGAGCUGUCCGUCUCUAUCGACUACAAGGACUGGCACACCUUCCUGCAGCGUCUCCCCCACAUGUCACAGCUGCGCUCGCUCCACAUCCCGUACAUGGCGGAUCAUGUCAUAAGCAACUUCGAGCCUAAAGAACUGGUGAUGCAGGUGGCGGACAUCAUCACGUUGUGCCCGGACAUUCAGCUGUGCUAUGUGGGCAUAUCGACCAAGUGUUUCGAGAUCAUGGAGCAGCGUGCAACCGAUAACGCAGGCGCCGGCCUCCUGAACGGCAACGGCGGCGCAGCCAACGGCGUGAAUGGCCACGGCUCGGACCAGCCGGCGGCAGAGGUGGACGAGGCCACCGACGAAGACGAGAACGACACAGAAGACAAUUCUGAUGACCCAGAUGAUUCGGAUGACGAGGGCACCCCCACAAGCCCGACAGAUCCGGAUGAGACGCAGUCUGAGGAACACCAUAGCGACGAGGACUCGGACGACGAUGACUCGUUCGUUGAACCGGCAGCAAAGACCCGUCUGCGUCUGAGGGAGAUUCUCUUCUACGACGACAAAGUGGCCAUCUUCAAGGCCAGGCACGGGCGGUUGUGA